AGUGGAGGGCCCUGGAGGGACCGCCGAGGUGCAGGUCGGAGAAGCCGGGUCCGCCGUGCCCUGCGCGUGAGCAGCUGCAGCGGCGGGGCACAUCCAGCGGCGGUGCCAGCACUUCCAGCACGUUGCUUGACUUUUUAGCUGCACGAACAUAGUCAUUAUGCCGAAGAGAAAGUCUCCAGAGAAUGCAGAGGGCAAGGAUGGAUCCAAAGUAACUAAACAGGAGCCCACCAGACGGUCCGCCAGGUUGUCCGCGAAACCUGCUCCACCAAAACCUGAGCCUAAACCAAGAAAAACAUCUGCUAAGAAAGAACCUGGGACAAAGAUUAACAAAGGUGCUAAAGGGAAGAAGGAGGAAAAGCAGGAAGCUGGAAAGGAAGGUACUGCACCAUCUGAAAAUGGUGAAACUAAAGCUGAAGAGAUCCACAUCUCUCGCUCAACUGUUAAUGUCUCAGCCUCCAGAGGUACCCCACCCAGCACACUGUCAGUAAAGGGGCAGAUCGAAACAGUGAGAGUUAAGGGUACAGUAGACAAUCCUGCAUGUUUGCAGUGACUAGAAUCAGAUAGUAGCAUGGUGUUCUUUAUAUGAACAGUGGGAGCCUGCAGGCAAAGCUUCUGUGGUCGUUUGGACAGCAGAAAGCAACAAAUGCAGUGAAGUGUUCGCGUAAUAUAUUCCUGCCUUCUCCGUUUUACACCCAGAGGUGAAAUAGGUUUUGCAGUAGAGCUGCUAAAAAACAGAUGUUCAGAAGUGUGUGUGUUGGUGGGGUGGACUUUUCUUUGGCUUCUAGUAGUUUUAAUAGUAACUGUACCUUUUUUUUUCCUUUCUUUU